AGUUUUGGAGGCAUUGUGUUUUUUUUUUCAAAUUAUGCCAUUUCAAACACGUUAAAUUUACACCGGCAGCAUUAAAUGUUGUAUCGGAUUUUCAUACAAUCAGAACUUCUACGUUCCACUGAACGUCAUAUUGGUGCCGGACACAACGUGUAUCUGUAUGAUCAAUAUCCGUCAGAGGAUUGAGGAGAGAGCCGUUGGAGAACAAGAAGCAACGAUUACUUCGGACAUGGACCACGGCUUUUCAAUUAACAUCCAGUCUGGAUCAUUCAAAGCAGAUACCGUAUUAAGACUGCAGGUAAUUGAUACGAAUCCACUUGAUGAUAUCGCAGAGGCAUCGGAUGAAUCAGAAUCCGAACAGGAAGAACAGCGAACGUCUCCAAGAACUGCUACCAGAAGCAAGGUUACGGAACGCCAAACAAAAAGACACUCGUCUGAUCUUCUUACAAACUUGUAUCAGAUCAAUAUAUCAGGUGACCAACCUAAGAAGACUGUUACUCUCACACUUCCUCUUGGUUCAGGAAUGACGGCCGAUCACAAGAUUGCUUAUAAUCCAUGCGGACGAGACUGAACUAAAUAAGGAAAACGCUUUGGAAAUAUUGCCGGUUGAUCCUCAAGUUGUGAAUGGGAAAAUCG